AUUGACACGGUCACCCAGCACUCAUCAUCCGGUCCCUCGACAGAGGGGAGUUCUCUGCCACUUGCUCCCCAGUCGUCGGCUUGGCAAGGGACGGAAUUCGCACCACGUAGUGCCGCUGUGAGACUCCACGAGCGAUGUCUGUGACGCCCCAAGAGGAACGCUCGGCGUUUUCCCUGGAGGAGAAUCACAUCGUGAACUUUGACAACCACCGCCUGUACUGCCGCUACUACAGCCCGGCAAGCCAGCAGGAGCCCAGGGCACUGGUGUUCGUGAGUCACGGGCUGGGCGAGCACUGUGGCCGCUAUGACGAGGUGGCCCGGAUGCUGGUGCAACACAACGUGCUCGUGUUUGCCCACGACCACGUUGGCCACGGGAGGAGCGAGGGCGAGCGAGUGUCCGAGGCUCGGCUCGGCGUCUACGUCCGCGACUGCCUUCAGCACGUGAGGCUCGCGAGGACGAAACACCCGGAGCGGCCAUGCUUUCUGCUCGGCCACUCGAUGGGCGGCGCCGUGGCCAUCGCGGCUGCGAGCGAAUGCCCGGACGACUUUGCGGGAGUCAUCCUCAUCGCCCCGCUCGUCACCCUGAGCCCGUCCGUCACGUCGCCCACGUUGAUGUAUAUGGCCCGAAUUAUGAAUUCCAUGUGGCCCAGAUGUCCUGUUGGCUCUGUGAACACAGCCUGGUUGAGCAGAGAUUCCAACGAGGUGCAGGCGUACGAAUCUGACCCGUUCGUCCAUCACGGCCGAGUCAGCGUGGCCAUGGGGCUGGGCCUCUCGGAGACGUCGGCGCGCGUCCGUUGGCUCGCCCCGUCGGUCCGCUGGCCGUUCCUGCUGCUGCAGGGCGGUGUCGACCGCCUGUGCGACCCCGAGGGAGCCCGGCUCUUCUACGACCUCGCACCCAGCCAGGACAAGACACUCCGGUGGUACCAGGACGCCUAUCACGUCCUCCACAAGGAGCUACCGGAGGUGAAGGAGGCCGUCCUGAAGGAAAUUGAAAGCUGGGUGCUCGCUCGUCUGCCUUCCCUGCCUUCCUAGCUCGCUGCUGCGCGAGUGUACAUAUGUAUAAUUUCACUCGCACCGUACGUAACCAACCGUGCCUAUCGGGAUGUUCUGGGGAAGGACAAACUAAAGACAUAACGCAGUUCUAAAGAAAUUAGUUUUCAGUCUAGAUUAUUUUAAAGUGCAUAGCUCCAGUGGCUUAUUAAUAUCGGAAGAAAAACGUUCCAGACGGCCGCAGCAGCACACCCAUGCAGUGACCGUCUUCGUUCGAUGGCCAACCAAACAUGGCGAGGGUGGGGACAGCUCGUCUCUGUACAGCUGUUGGAAGCAGGCCUGAGCCAUGCUGGAACAAUUCUAAGAAACUCCACUUGGCUCAUUUCUUGUCGUCGCAUUGAAAGGACUCAGCCCCUCUACCCCCCAGUCCCCAGGCCCAUCCACUCCUCACCUACAACCCAUAACUGGUGGGAAACUACAUUGGGUUUUGUGUACAAUACUUAAAAUUUACAGUACUAGAGUUAGCUUAUACAACCCUGAACUAACAAGUAUUAUUUUAAGUUAAUAAAGAAAAGAUGGCAAUGAUCACUCAA